AGCGACGCUCCGCAGCAGCAGCAGGAGGAAGAAGAAGAGCAGGGACGAGCGCAUCACAAAGUUUGAGGCUGCAGCGGACACACAGACGGGACACCCUAAUCAGGUGGUGAGUUAAAAGGAGCUGCAGUGGUUUCUCCGGUGUCACCACGUCUGGUAACAACUCUCUGUCAUGUCUGCUGAAGACUGCUGGAACAGCCCCAUAAACAGAUUCUGCAUUCAAUAGACUGAAGAUCAGACUGGAUGAAGCCAAUUUUUAUUUAUGACACUUUAACAAACUCACCUUCUCAGAACUUAUUUUCUACUUCUUGUCAAGAGAGGCAGUUUUUGACGAGAUCAUCCCAACUUAUCUGAACACUUGACAGCUCUGACCCACUUAUCAAGCUCCUGUAAGCAAGAGAGAAAACGUUGCAUUUAGCAGGCAACAUCAGCAAAGGCACUGUUUCAUAUUCAAGGCCAUUGAUCCACUGACCUCCUGAUCUAAUUAGCCGCACACAAACACCAACACAUGUAAGCAAACACCUUGGUCUGGCUCACACAGAUAAACAGCUACGGGUGUCAGAAGUCCAUCUUCACAUUAUUACCUCCCCUAGAGAGCACCGACCUUGACUGUGAUCAGACACGUGUUUGUGUGUUUGCAUUAGCAGAAGGAAGUGUCACGUUCUGUCUGCUCUGAUUAAGAGUGAGAAUGAGAGCUGAUGUGGCAGAGCGGCCCUGAUAAAUACUCUAAAAACAUUACCGCCUAAGGGUUGGCUGCUCAAAUAGGGACACCAUUGAGCUUCAUUACACUGUUUAGUCAGUUCCUCAAAAUGUGUGACACUAAAAAGUAGUCCAUAUUAAUUGAAAAGUGUGUGUGUGUGUGUGUGCAUAUAUGCAUGUGUGUCUGUCACAUUGUCAGAGCAGAUUAGGGCCAGGCCUUUCUGGGUCGUAUCAUUCUGACUGACCUACAUUUGACUAAACAACCUGGCCAGCUGAGGAAGAUGUGUGUGCAAGUCCUGCCGUGAUCAGAAUACAUACAUCUUAGACAAAUACGUCACACUCUCUGACCUAGAGAUUCCUGUUCAGUCUUUCGACUUGUACUUCCUACUACCUGCUAACUAGCUUUUUAUUUAGGCCACAUGCUCUUAACCCAACAAACAGGGUCUGCAAUAUAAAACUUGUAAACUACCUUUUAUUAAGCCUCUUAAUCAAUCUCCAGUUUGACCUUUCCUCCUGCGCCACCCCUCAUGAACACCUUCCCUUCCUUCUCCGUACCUCCUCCCAAUACACCAACCAUCCAGUCAGUGUGUAAGCCCUGCCUUCGGGCCCCGUGGAGGAUGAACGAUGUGCCCACACUUGACUACGAGUUGCUGCUGUCCCCGGCCAGCUCCUCACUCACCGGCAGCCCUGGCGGUGGCAGCAGCAGCCCCCCUCUGGCCUUGGUUGGGGUGGACAAUGAACAGCGCACCGCCUUUGCCUUCGUAGGUCUCCUCAUGCUUUUCCUGGUCUUCCUGCUGGUCAGGUGCUUCAGGAUCCUGCUGGACCCCUACAGCCGCAUGCCUGCAUCAUCCUGGACUGACCACAAGGAGGGGCUGGAGAGGGGCCAGUUUGAUUAUGCAUUGGUGUAAGGUGAAGUGUAAAGAGGGGGUGGAAAGGGGGAUAUUUGAUUUCACAUAGAGACUUUAAGAGUAUUGAGUAAUUUAGAUGUGGAAAUGGAAUGUACCAAUGCAUAAUAUUGUGAAUGCACUCUAAAAGGGGGGUUUACCUGAUGUAAGUAUGCCUGGUGUAUAUCACUGUAUUGCAGCCUGUGUACUGGUGUAAAUAUAAAUAAUAAGGCUGCAGGAUGCUAUGUAAGCAUAAAGUCUGGUGCAACAACAGGCAUGCAGACAACUGUGAAUCAAACACUGACAGUUGUCUACAUACACACUCACAAAUCCAGACUGUGACUAUGAAGGACAGAAAUAAUGAGCUGCACAGCUGCCUUAACCUGACCUACUGUACUAGUCGAACAUGCUACCACAUCACAACAUCACUUUAGGGCUAGGUUUUCCAAACUCCAGAGCUUAUCAAUAUGAAAAACACAAUAUGAUUUUGGAGAGACCACAUUCACUCACAACAUAGUUUAUAACCUCAAAGCUUUGAUGAGAACACAGGCAGAACUUAAAUGAGUGAGUUUACACUUGAGCAGAUGCCCCUUUAAUAAACCAAUGUCUAUUGUAAAGCAUCCAAGUGUUGAGUGCUGAUCAAGGAGCACAAAUCCUCACUUUUUUAUUUUGGACACUGAUCCUCGAACAGCACUGCAGUUUCAGAUGCUUUUUAAGGCCCAAGCAGGUAGUUUGUGUCUCCAUACAUUUUGUCAGUGUAUGUUUUGUGUGUUACUGUGUCUAUAACUGAGAAGCCAUAUUGAAACUAUAUAAUCUCUUAUUACUGCAAGUAGACUUUAUGUUCACUGGUUGUGUCCUUUGCUUUAGUCAGCCUGCCAAGUGUGGUGAUGAAGCAAACAGCAACCUUUAGGCAAAAGAAAGCUUUAUUUUUCUAUUCUUGACUCAAGUUUGGGAGUCCCCUUUUGCUAUCUUCUGGUCCUCUUCCUCUUACUGUAUCAAUCUUUAGACUGUGGAUUUUUGAAGUAGUCAUGCAGCCACGUCUUAGAAUGCAAAGCAGGUAGCUUUGCUUUUUUGUGUGUUUUUUUAUUACAUAUUUUUCUGACUGCGUGCUUUGUUUUUGAUACAC